GGGUGGAGUAAGAUGGAUCUUUAGCUUCGGUAUUAUACAUUAGGUACAAUUAGGGAAAAACUACGUCAACACCGGGACGGUCAAAACAAAGAAAGCUAUGAAAUACCUGACUCGUACGACCUACACUAGCUGCCCAGGUCCUAGCAGAAAGAUAAUUGUCAAGGUUUUUCUCUUGGCAACUCACAAGCCCAAGAUAUGCCCAGACAUUCUUCCAUGUCAUAAUUCUAUACCAAGAACAAGAACCGAAGAAACCCAAGAAAUCCAAGAAAUCCAAGAAAUCACUUACAAGACAAGCAACAACCCGUCAGCCAGGAACAGCAAAAAGUUACUUUGGUAUCUGUCAUCACAACUAAAAUAACGCCGCAACUGCGUUACGCCCAGAGACACUUGUUUCUUUUCUAGCGACUCAGUAAAUCCCCCCCUUUACCAACAUAGCUACGAGUGAAAAACAAAGGGCUUUUUUUUUUUUUUUUUUACCUUACUCAGUCUGCGCCUCGUUGUCUCGCGCCCCAAAUUCCUGCACAUUCUUUUAAGCUUGGGCAUCUUUUUUAUUCGCCUGCGCCUGCGUUACUUUUCGGGGGAAUACCCAGCGUCUUCCCAAUGGUGUCCUUACCAAGUUUCCAAUCCCAAAUCCGCAAGACCGUAACAGGCUUGACUUACCACCACGAGAAUGGAGAAGCAAACGAAACUACAUCUCUGUUAAGAGGUAACGGUCACUCCGUCUUAAAUGGCUCCGCUCAUCAGAACGGACACGGUGGUGGGGCUUGGGUGUAUUGGGAGUUCUUUUUCAAUACGCGGUACACGCCCGGCACUGAGAACCCGAAGCCAUGGGUCAAGUAUCCGGCCCAUACGUGGCAUAUCACCAAAGCUACUUUAUUGAGCAGUCCCGUCAACAUCCUUCUCGUCGCAGUGCCAAUUGGUAUUGUUGCUGGUCAAGCCGGUUGGGAUCCAGUUGCCGUAUUCGUUAUUAAUUUUUUCGCCAUCAUCCCGCUAGCUGCCGUGCUCUCGUAUGCGACGGAGGAAAUAUCAGUAAACCUGGGCGAGGCUCUGGGUGGCCUGCUCAAUGCCACUUUCGGCAAUGCUGUGGAGUUGAUUGUUAGCAUUAUCGCAUUAAGAGAUAGACAGAUCGAGGUUGUCAAGUCGUCUAUGAUUGGUUCGAUCCUAUCCAAUCUGCUCCUCGUCAUGGGUAUGUGCUUCUUUUUCGGCGGUAUCGUCAAUAUGAGGGACGAAGAAGGUCGUGGCCAGGAGCAGUCUUUCCAGACAAUCACCGCCCAAACCACAGCUUCUCUCAUGACCCUAUCUGCUGCUUCUAUGAUUUUGCCUGGCACUCUAUUUAUGAUCAUAAAUGGUACCGGUGGAGAGGAUAAAGAGGCGCGGAACCAAGUCGUACUGUCGCUUUCUCGCGGCACCGCUAUCAUCCUGCUGCUUCUUUACGUGCUAUACCUAUGGUUUCAGCUGAGAACACACCACGAAUUAUUCAGUGCCGAAGCGGGGGUUACACCGGAGCCCACGCAGAACGGAAUCCAGCCUCCUGCCGAGGCCGCGACCGAAGAUAUCUUCCCGGUGUUAGCUCAGGGGCAUGAAGAAGAGGAGGAGGAAGAGGAGGAAGAGUGGCAUAUGAGCCCAUGGUCCGCUGGUGCUGUCCUAGUUGUUACAACUGUCCUGGUCUCUAUCUGUGCGGAUUACCUGGUCGAGAGUAUAGAUGCUCUAGUAGAACGUGCCCAUCUCAGCCGCAGCUUUAUUGGUCUUAUUCUAAUUCCUAUCGUGGGUAACGCGGCGGAGCAUGUUACCGCCGUCGUGGUGGCAGUCAAGAAUAAGAUGGACCUUGCUAUGGGAGUUGCUAUUGGUUCUAGCCUUCAGAUUGCUCUGUUCGUGACACCAUUCCUUGUUGUUCUCGGUUGGAUCAUGGACAGAGACAUGGACUUGCACUUUGAGACGUUUGAAACGGUCUCAUUUGGGCUGGCUGUGCUGGUCGUGAUCUACACGGUCCAAGACGGAAAAUCUAAUUACCUCGAAGGCGCAAUGUUAAUGGCCCUCUAUGUUAUCAUCGCCCUGGCUUUCUUCGUUACCCCCAGCCAAUACUUCGACGCCGACUGGGUCGUCGGCAAACUUGGCAGCCUAGUCAGCUCAACGUGAUGGACGUUCCCCUAUUUUUUCUAACCCGUCCUCGAAGGGCGCGGAUCGCAGUUUUACGUUCAACUUGUCCAAUAUAUAUGCAUGCCUAGCGUUGGGUACCGUAGUAUCGGAUCGUAUAGCAUAUCGCACCACAAGCGUUCCUCACGUCCCAUGUUCUUAUACAUACCUGUCAUUCCAUUGAGACGUCUUUUUCUUUGUUUUUCUGUAUAUGUAUAUGUAUAUUAGUGGAGUUAGGUUUGAGAAAAAUUCAAGGUGCGAGCUGUCUACCUGGAGUUUGGUGGCACAUGCAACUAGAAUACAGAGUACAGAACAAGGAGUUUAUUAUGUCUUGGAAAUAGGCGGCUAUUCCCUAUCAAUUAUAUGCGAGUUAUCUACCUUGUUUACCUAACAGACUUGUUAUUGAAACAUGAAGCUAUUCCAAG